AAAGGCAUUCCUAAAUGUUUGCUUCCAAUCUCUUCUCUGCUCCACGCAGUGGGGAAGAUAGAUACAGAUAGAGAAGGCAGCGGAUUUUUUACAAACACAUACUAAGCACUUUCUCUCUCCUAGGGUUGCCGGGUUCGUCAUUGUCGUGCUUGUUCGCGCUCUCAUUCACGUCCAGUUCGUGGCGCAUUCAGCUGAGAUCGACUCUGGAUUGGUUCGAAUUCCCUGGUUUCGCCAUUUUCUCAUUGUUGUCGUCGAUUGAGGGUGGAGACAUACAAGUUGUCUUAGCCUCAAUGGUAUGCUCACUUGAAAGUGGGAGAAUGGCAGUCAUGGCCAGACUUCUGGCAGCAGGAAGUUUCUCACCUAUUAUAACAGAGGACGUCAGCCAGGAGAAAUUAGCUGCUCAAUACAUACAUAGAGAAUUACGUGAGGCAGAUGAAGCAAAUUUGCUUGAUGAAGAAGAUAUGAAUGUAUUUGGUUUGAAGCCUAUGGCUGAUCCUUUGUAUUUGGUAUGUUGCAAUGCCUGUAAGAAGCCAGUCAAGGCCAGCCAAUAUGCAGCUCAUGCAGAACUCUGCAAGUCAUUAAAUCCUACAGAAGAAUCGUUUUUGGAGCUUGAUGGUGGUGCAGGGCAAAAAAAACCUCCACGGAAAGAAAGGAAGAAGUCAUUAAUUGCUGGAAUGAACCAAGCUACAAUGGCUGGGGAGCAAGAAAGGUUUGAAUCUAUGGAUGCGGAUGAUACUGCUGCCUCUGAACCCUGCUUAGAUGAGCAAAUUGGAGCGGCUUGUUCCUUCACAGAGAUAAAAAGAAAUUCAGCUUGUGUAGAUGUGGGACAUGUAGUGGAUGGUUCAGGAGUUAGUCAUGGAAAUACAGACCUCUCUGCAGGUGUUAUGCCUCCUCCAAAACGUUCCAAACUGAGAAUAGCAGCUGAUCGUCCAUCACCAGCAGAUGGUCCAGAAACAGCGUAUGGUGUGAACAAAACCAUGUGUAUAACUAGUCAGAGGGCAUAUAACUGCACAGGAUACCCAAAAGGUUCAAUUGAAGGAAGUGAAAGGCCUUAUGAUCAUUUGGCUGCCCAUCAAAAGCCUGGGCAAGACCAUGAAUGCAGCCUGUCAACCAAAGGUGUUGCAGUUCCCCUUGCCACCAAAAUGUAUUACUCUCAAAGAAAUCGUCGCCUUCGUUCUGCAAUUAGUCAUCUUUAUUUUGCUGCAUCAAAUGAGGGACAUUGCAGUGAUAUGGUGAGUCCAAAAGUGUUACAGGGAAAUAUAGUGCCACAAGCUUCAUCUCCUAAGAACUUUUCUCAUGAACAAAUGGAUAACCAACCUGAGAAGAAGAGAGAUACGCACUUCUUACCUUCUAUGCAAAAUCCUGAUAAAGUUCUUGUGCAAAGUUCAGAAGUAUUCUUGGGUAAAUCUGAGGGAUGCCCACCAGCCAUGAAUUUCUCAAAUCAGGUCCAUGUUAAUAAUGUUUUAAGGCCUCAUGCAGCUCCAGUUGGAACGAUAAAAAGCAAAUAUCUUUCAAAACCUUAUUCCUUUGCCAGCAACUCAGGGACUCCGUUGGGGACCAUCCAGCAGCCUAAUGGAAGUGUUUCUGUUACAUAACAGGAGUUCUGGUGUGACUUUUUAUCAUGUAAAGGUUCAUCUUCUUGUAAAGAAAGACAAUACCCAAGGUGCAGGAAAGGGACUUUACUUUUAGGUGAAGAUCUUGAUGUUUCGUUACUCUAUAGUAUCCAAUUGAUGAAAGCCAGCACUUGCGAAGGGAGAGGUGAGAGGCAAGAGCUAGGGAAACGUCUUUUUUUGGUUGUAGGUACUGGAGGUUUGGUGGGGUUGAGAUAGUGCUAUAAUUCAAUGAGAAAUUAAUUGAGAGCUGUGGACAGCACUUGGAAAGAUGUCCCCAGCAAUUAUGCACAUGGCUGAAAACAGAGGGUUGACAAGGACAGAAAUGGACAACCUCUUAGUCUUAGUGCUUAGACAAUUUUUGUCUCACUUCUACUAUGUUCUAUUGCGGCUUUUUAGUUCAGGAACCAAAAGGAAAACAGCUAUUCCUGAUGAUAUGUGGUAGGAUGCUAUUUGCUGGCAAA